GGUUCUUAGCUGUAUUCCAUACAAGGGUUUCCGUCAUCAGUUCCUUAUUCAACCGUGAGCUAUGUCUCUUCCAUAGAAGAGGGUUAAUUUCGCAGAGAAGCUUGUGAAUCGUCUACAGUUCCAACCAAAGAGCAUAAUUUUCGUAAUCCUCGUUGUGUGUUCCUCAAGUUUCUGAGAAGAGGUUAGUAUGAAAACCCUUGCACAUCCAAACAUUUAAGUUGCCAAUUUUUAUAGUUUUUUUGUGAUCUUAUUGAAAUAUCCUUUCAAAUAAAAAUGUUACCUUUGUUGUUUGCGGAAAGUUACAGUGAGAGAGAGAUGGAUCUUUUUCUUUUUUGCUUCGUGUCUGUAAAUGUACACAUAUCACCGAGGUAGAAUCGAAUGUGCGGACUGUUCGAUUUGCUAUCCUCUGUACCCUUUCGAUCUCUGUCUACAAAUUUCUCUAAGUUGUAAUUCCUUCUGUUGACGUUACUUGUCUCGCAACCUCGUCUAAUACUGUCGUAAUCUUAGAAGCAACUACACAAUACAUGGCCACUUUUGAAGGAGCAUAUAUCUAGUGGCUCGUUUGGCUUGUUUGGCCCUGCAGUGGAUAAAAUGACGAGGAAUAAUCUACACAUAAUCUAAAGGUCUCAGGUUUAUACAUUUAGUGGAUCGUUAGGCUCGGCAGCGGAUGAAACAAAGCGUAAUAAUAAAUGUGCGUGUAAACCCUUUACACCUUAACAUCAGUUUGCGUAUUCUCCAUACUGUUCUCUAUACAUUUCCUGAGGUGUUGGCAAGGAGGAUUUUUUCAACAGAACAGCUUCUUUCGUUGGUGAUCUUUUCUUUUUUUCUCAUAACCUUAAUGUUUGAUUCUGGACUGAUGUUGUGGGGAGAAAUUAGGAUAAAAUUUUUCACACAGCUCCAUACUACAUUAUGCAUUCAGUUCUUGGAUAGAGAAAAUGAUGAAAAAAACAAUUCAUUGCCAUUAGGAAAACAGAUUUGUUUUACAGUAGUAUGAGGCUGUUUGGAAAUUUUUUCUGAAAUUAGAGGCUAGUCAUUAAGGAGUCAAAUUAAAGGAUAAAUUUUAAGGUAUCUUUUGUUGUUAAUUUGGUUCAGCAGUGGAGCAGUUGAACCAAACCUCUUAUAUAUGCAAAUGCUAAUUAAAUACUUAAAAUUAACACUAAACUAACACUGCCUUAAAUUUUUAUCAUAUUUUUGAUAUCCAUCUUUCAACCAGAAUUAGUUUGAGUAUGGAGGCCAGUCUGUCAAAAGUGACACAAUCAAACUCUGGAAGUAAGAAAGGGAAAAGUGUUGUUGUGCUGCUAUCCUCUGACGUUAAGGAAAGGGAUGGGAAGGUUUAUUUGCCAAACUUCUCAGGGCAGAGAGCCCUAAGGAAGAAAGAGAAAGGACAGUUUAACGACAAUGUGCUAUUUACUGGGAAGAUGACAGAAGAGGAUGUGAGGAGAGAAAUAAUUUCCCAUUUUCCAUACUUAAAAGAUCAGAGGUAUGCAUGAUUGAUGAUAUUAACCCUUUAACUCCUGAGAUCUGAUUGUUAAUUCUCUCCUCUUGCUGCCACACAAUUCCUUGUAAAUUAGUGACAAGAAUUAGGUGAAAGAUUGAGGUAACAACUUCUACCUGAUGAGUUUGAGUAUUCUUAUUAACUGUUUGCUGGAAAGUGUGGAGAUUUUAUGGAGUAGUUAUGUUAGUGACUUCUGGGAGUUAAAAGGUUAAGUAUGGGGUCAGGAUUCUUCCUGUAAUAGUCUGUGCAGGAAGGCAUGGGCUAAAAGGGCUGCCUUUUCCAAGUCUCAGGUGUACAUAUUAAGAGUGAGGUUUGUUUUUAUUUGUAUUGAGAGAGUUGGUAGCCUAGCUUUUAUUUCAGUAUACCCUUAAUGACUGCUCCAAUAAGCAUCAUUCUAGGAGCUUGAUUUGGAGAAGGAUGAUAUGUUUUCUUAGCUGAGUAGACUGGUUAAAGAGCUUGGUUUCUUUUUUGGUGAAGGUACAUAGAAGGGUACUAUCUUUUCAGUUAAUUUGAUAUUCAUCAGGCAAAGGAUGGUGAAGGGUGUCGCAAUCCCCCAUUCAUUGGCAAACUUUAGUCAAUUGUCAGUAUGACAUAAAUUUACCACUUCAGUAAGAUUUCAGAAAUCCAAAAAGAAAAAGCAAACUUAAACUUCUCCUCCACCUUGCAUAAAGAACAUUUUAUUAACCUAAGAUAUGGUUUGUAUAGAAGAUACCUAGAUUGACAAGAGAAAGCUGUGAUUCGUCGAAACUAGAAAAAUUGGUGUAAAUUGUAUUUAGAAGGAUAAUCAAUUCUAUACUUUUUAGGUACUUUACUAAAGCAGUGGUUUGCUAUCUUAAAAUCCACAUUUUAUUGGUAAUCAGAAACCUUAAAUCCACAAGAAAGAAUAGUUACAGCAUGAGAGCAUAAGAUUGAAUUUGUUUGGGUUUGUCUCGUGCUUAGUUCGUGAGAGUUGAGAGCUCUGCUAGCUGUUGAUGCUCAUCAAACAAAGGUCAAAAACAAUUUAAAGGUGUAGCUGAUUGAAAGUUUCUGGUUGAUUGGGGGCUAUGGAUUUACCUACACCACCAACUUGAUUUUUCUUAAUCAUAAGUUAGCUGUUGAAUAUUUUGAUGUGUUACACUGUUGAAAUUAAUUUAAACAGACUUUUCUUUUGUUCCUAUGAAAAGAGGAGGGAAGUUUUCAAACACCUUUUUUUCCCAAAUUUUUUUCAUAAUGUAUACUGUAAUUUAAUGUAUUCUUAUCAAACAAAAAUAUAUUUUGUCUUUACGUAAUAUAUAUAUUACUGAUGAGUGGGCAACCACAAAACAGGCCUGUAGGGAUGAACUUAUAGUUUAUUUGUCUUUUUCCUCCCACAAUAUAUACAUUGCUCUACUCCUAUGUAUUGAGCACUGUUUUAUGAAAGUCAAACACUUUAUAUAUAUACAUAUAUGUAGGGAGUCUGUAAGUCAAUUUUUGCGUAGAACAGUGCUCAAUACCUUGAAGCAGAGCGGAAUAAAUAUUUUAAGAGGAAAAAAGGAUGCAACUACAUUUUCCCGACAAGCCUGUUUUGUGAAUCGCUUCACUCUUCUGUAUGUAUGUAUGUAUGUCAGUCUCUCCUUUUUACAUGUACAUUAAGAAUAUUUCAUGUCAUCCAACUAAUAUUUUGUUCCAUAUUAAGGAGGGAGACAUUAGGGUCUAUGGUAUUGGACAAUUUUUUUGCAAUAUGUGGUAAUUUUAAUCUCGAAUUUCGGUUUUCUUCUAGCCUGCAGGUGCAGUUUUUUUUAAAAGCAUUAUGGAUGGUAUUAAAAAUUAUCCUUCAAGUCCUCCACCGUUUUCCAAACCUUUUCUUGUUUCCAAUUGUUUUGUAAAUAGGCUGAAAAACAACUUUGAACAACUUGACAGUUGUCUAAUCCAUUCAUGAUUUUUUGUUGUUUAUUAGCCAACACCUCAAUGGAUGUUACUUAUUUUGUUGAUUUUGCCUGAAUUGAAAACAACCUAACAUACAUAGCAUUCAUUUACAAAUUCUUACUUGCCAUUUCCUUGUCAUUAAUUUUGCUCUAUACAUCAGGCUACAACAGUGUAUCGGAGUAUUGCAGUAUUCAUCGUUUUUUUUCCUUGUGAUAUUGGCUGAAUUCUUUUAGUAGUAUUAUGGUGUUUAGUAUCCUUCAAUGUCCCCCUCAUAAAUGUUUUAAAAGAAACAAUAAAGUUCUGAUCUCUAUUUAACUGACAGCAGACAAAAGGAGGUCUCUUAUGCAAGAGUUUAAAUGUUAAUACAAAAUAUAUUAUCUGACUGUAUGUAAACAUGUAUUGUGAAUAUAUGUUUUUUGUGUAUUUUUAAUGAAUUAACAUGAUUUUAAUUUCAAUUUUAACCAUAAAUUUUAUUCAUCUCUAUAUCCAGUUUCUGGUGUGCUUCUGCAGUUGACAAUCGUAAAAGUCUUGAGUUUCAUGGUUCGCAGAGAAUUUGGAAUGGAGUGUGUAUUAAAAGAAGGAUAAGAGGAAAUUCAACUUUAUACAUCCUAACCCAGGUUUGAGAAAAUUAUAGCGGGAAAAGUUUAUGUAAAAAAAGUCAGUGGACUAGUAGACCUGUAUUACCUAAAUUACUUUCACUACUAACAAUAAUGAAAAAUUUUUGGAUAGAAGUGGUCAAGUUAACUAAACAACUCUAAUCAGCGACCCUGUUUCUAUUACUUAUAAUUAACCCAGGCCUGUAAGAGCAAAGGCAUUCUUGGAAACUGCCAGCUCUGGUUACAAAUAACUUUUUUUAUACCCUGUAGGAACCUACUUAUAAAGGCUUCCAUUGUAAUUUUCUCCUCAAUAACAUAGCUGUUGGUUUAAUGUUACUUUCACUUUAUUGUGAGUGAUACAGAUUUUCACAGUCAUCAAGAAUACACAUUAAGCGUUUGCUUGCUGGGUUUUACAGACCACUCUUAAAGGAAUUAUUUUCCACAUUAAGAGACACUGCACCUUAUGCUGCUAAAUUAUUUACAAUGGGUGUCUCUUUUACAGAUGAAGGCUGAUGACUUAUCAAAAGCGUUACAAGAGCCAACUGAUGAACAGGCCAGUCAUUCAGUCGGUAGGAGUCACAAUUUAAUAAAUUUUUAAAAAAGUCUUUAAGUACGUUUCCUGGUAUAUCUGCCCCUAAUAAUAACUGUUCCACAUUGGUGAGUGAGGCCAUUUAUUUGAAUUUACUAUUAAUAGUGGCUAGCCACAAAAAUAUAAUAUCUCAAAAAUUAGGUUAUUUUUACUGAAAAGUAGGUGAUGACCGAUCUCAAGGUCCUUACUUCAAAUCAAUCUAUGGACCAAGUUUAUUCUGCUCUGAUUUAUAGCCCAAGUGCAAAGCACACAGGUAAGAAAUUUGAGCGGAAAAAACAAGGUUCUGUAACUUACAGUGCAGGUUAUAUCUCUGGUUUCAAAUAGAAGGGAGAGAAUUCAAUUGGGACUCUUAAAUUUAGCAGGCCAUCCCAUAAAAUAUAAAGUAAAAAUUAAUUUAAGUUGACUGAGAUUUCUUCCUAAUUUAGGGGAAGUCUCUCCUGUAGCCAGUGAAUACUUAACAUCUUUGCCAUCACACUCAAAUCAGAAAAGUGUGCACAAUAAAAGAAAAAAUGAUCAAGAUGCACAGCUGAGAUUACCUAUGGUACAGCCAGUUGUUUCACCCUCAGUAAAGCGUAAAAAGGGGAAUGAUUUUACAGAUGGGUGGGCAAUAAAUCAGACUACGCUUCAAACUCCAUUGCGUAAAGUAACAACAGCAGCUCCAGCUCCAGUACAGCCCCAGCAUUUUCCAGCAACACAAACCUCAGUGCCAAGAACUGUGAGUCCAAGCCUAGAACCAUCUCAAAUGCUUUUACCUGAAAAGCAGAAUCAGCCACCUGAAGGUUCUGUACAAGGAAAGCAUGAACUUGUGAUUCCACAAAUUGAUGCAACAGCUGGAAUUUCCAAGGGAGUGUUGGUGAAAAGAGCAGGAAGAGUUCCUUUAGAAAUGCCCUCACAAGAAUCAAGUGUUCAGUUGCAGGUAUUAUAUCAUGAUACAUAAUUUUAUUACAAUAUAAUACAUCAGCUGUACAAAAUGUACCUAUAACACUGUGUCAAAGAUGACAAGAGUAAUUGUGGGUUAAUUGCUGCCUCCUUAGUUGAAAUAAAAUUUUCUGGGCCCAAUUUUCCUCUUUUGAAGAUGUAAGGAGAAGUUAUUGCUGAGAGCACAAACCUCAAUGCAAAGAACUGUCAGUCCAGGCCAACUACCAUUUCCAACACUUUUACAUUUGCAGCAGAAUCAACCACCUGAAGGUCCUGCACAAGGACAGCAUGAAAUUGUAGUUCCACAAGAUAUGCCAUCUCCAGCAACAGCAGGAAGUUCCCAGGGAGUGUUGGUACAAAGAGCAGGAAGAGUUCCUUUGGAAAUGCCCCUAGGAGAAUCAAGUGUUCAGUGGCAGGUAUUAUAUCAUGAUACAUAACUGUGUUACAAUAUAAUACAUUAACUGUACAAAAUGUACCUGUAGCCCUGUGUCAAAGAUGGCAAGAUUAAUUGUGGGUUAAUUGCUGCCUCCUUAGUGGAAAUAAGAUUUUCUAGGCCCAAUUUUCCACUUUUGAAGAUGUAAGGAGAUUUUAUUGCUGAAAUUACAAAUUAAACGUAACAUGACUUGCAGUGCCAUCAUCAAUACCCAACAUACCUGUAUAACUUAAUUGAUUGCUACUCUAUUAGUACUUGACACGUACACAGUAAACUACUGUUUAAUAAACACUUUGUAUGCAUACCAUACUGAGUAUUCUUAACAAAAGACAAUUUGAUUUAAUGUCUUGUAUAAGUUUGUACACAUUUCCUGAAAUGUGCUAAGCAAUUUGUUGGCCAUAGCCAUUUCUUUCAAUAUUUCAAUUCUUCUUCCAUUAUGUGUAAAAAAAUUUAUUUCAAAGUUCAUGCCUGUAUGCACAGGAAAUGAAAUAUUUGGCGACCCAUUUUAAGAGUCAUUUCUUUUUAAACGACAGUUGAAACUCAAUGUCCAUAGCAACUUAACUUACAAUAACUUGCAUAAAUAAAAGUGCAAAAUUUCAAGUAACAAAAAUUUUGAAUCAUAGAAGCUGAAAUACAAGGAAUCAAAAUGUUCAGCAGGGAUUAAAAUGUACCAGUUUGGCCUUUUAAUUUCAAAAUUAUUCAGAGCCUUCCAGGCCCCUGUAGUGGGGAAAAUCUCUUUCCAUACUUAAUUACCUCUGUUUCACAUGCCAUCACAGUGGCCUUUUGCACCUGGACACUUUCCUCAAAUAUCUCUAUAAAAACCCUGAUGCAUGUCUCAAGUGUAUAUCAUCAUAUAGAAAAAUGGCAAAGAAACUGAAAAAAGCUCACACCCGUACUUACCCGCUUAACAUUUGAUCUUGAAGUGUAGUCCUAAGCGAACUUAUAACUGUUAAUAAAAAAAAGCAGGUUAAGGUGUUUGCGAAAUGUUUUCAUGAACAUACUUAAGUAAGAUAUCUCCAAAGUUUUUUUGAUCUAUUUCAUACUUAAGUUCACUUGAUCUUUCUUCAAUUGUGUAGACAGACUCUGGAUUUGACUCAAGUACAGAUGACGUAUUGGGUGUUGACUCAUCGACCAAUUAUAGGGUGUAUAAGUCUCACGGUAAGUAUUUAAAAAGUUGCAAAGGCUUAUGUACAUCAGCCUGUUUUUUCAAAGAGUGUGCAAAUGAUUGGGGAUUUUCUAAAGGUGAGCAUGAUGUAACCUCCACGAACCUAUGGUUUUAUCUGUGGUGAAAUUACUUAUUUUUAAGUUGCAAAACGCAGAGGAAACUGUACACGUAUAAGCACCCUUACAAAGACAGCUAGCUAUUAUAUUUGCUAUCUUUGGUUUUCAUUAGAAGUUAAUGUUCACGAAUUGAUGUCGCUUACUGUAAUUUGUGAAACAAAAUGAAAAUCUUUAAUUUUCAAAUUUGAAAUCUGUAAAGAAAUAUCAUUAACACAAGAAAAUGAAAGAGCUUGGUUCACUUCCAUUUUCCCAGAAAACAUGAUGUUUUGGUAAACGAUGAAGUCACCCGGAACCCGAGUCAUGUCACCCAAAAUUUUAGUAAUGUCGCCCGAAAUAAUAAGUCAAGUCGCCCAAAAUAAUAUGUCAAGUCGCUUGAUUUUUUUAUCACUGGUAAGAAUACCCAAAAAGCAUAUUUUUACAAAUCGCUGAAGGUACCAAUCUAUCGAAACACCAUUAUGGUGUAUUUACUUACGUUACCAAUCCUUCAAAAGUGAAAUGUCACUGUAAAUGCAACCCGUUUCAAACUUUUAGCAAGACAUCGAACCAACAUAGACAAUGUUCAUUUAAAUCAACCUACGAUCUGAGAGAGUAUUUCGAGAGCGCUAAACUAGUCAUUACGAGUGCUCUCAGCCGCAAGAAUUUUGUCGAUGAGUUUCAGGCCGCGAUUGAACAAGCAGCUCAUCGCCAACCUAUUCGCAACACUGUAGGGCUUGUUGGCGUGGUGCAACUUCAUUGUCAAUUACUCGAUACAAGGAUGAUUACUCUUUUGAUUAGCUCAUAUUAAUUUUGUGUUGUAGCUAGCUUUUUAGAAUGAUAGGGAUGCUUUCAAUUUACCUUUUUAAUAGAUUCUUUGAUCGGAAAAGAGGGAAAAGAGCACAACUUCAUAAUUUAUGCCCAUUCUGAUCCUAAGGGAAAUUAUGCCAUCAGAUUACUAUUGUCGAAAAGUCACAGGUACAAACAAUAGACCGUUAUCAUAAAAAUAUCACACUCACCUUACCCAACAGAACUUGAUGUAGAUGUUACUUGCUUGACUUUUUAUUUACUUGUCGUAGGUGAAAAUAGACAUCUGUUUAGCGGAGUUUUGAUCAUCACUGAGUGUUUGGACGCGUGCGACUCUAUCAGGGGGUUGGGAACGAACCGAUUCACACUGGGUACAAAUAGUCAGAGUACGAAACGUCCAUGGGUACCAAACGAGUGAAUACCAAACAAACAGUAAAACACUUCAUUUUGUUCAAGGAAAGAACUACGCUUCAUUUUGUUGUCAGAAACAAAUAAUGAUAUAUAGAGUCGUAACUUAAACUUAUUUAAAUUCUGACCAUAUGAUUGAUUUCUGUAUAGUUAAAGUCGUCAUGGUGGUGUUAGAAACCAACACCGCUUGGAUAAUCAAGUUUCUCAAGUUUACGAAACGUCUGUGAGUACAAAACUAGUACAUACCAAUUGAACAGCGCUUCAUUUUGUUGUUAGAAACGAACAACGCUUUUAGAGCUGUCACUCAAACAUAUUUCUAUUCUGAUCAUCAUCCUCGUGGUGUUUUCGGAAACAAACAGCACUUUAGUGAUAAAGAUCUCUCAAUUUAACAACUUAUUAACAGUCUAUGAGUCUGAUCUUUGAAGUAAUAUGUUUUUUUUUGGUCGACUUAAAUUUUGGGCGACAUGACUUAGAGCGAGAUGACUUUCGGGUGACUUGACCGGUUACCAACAUUUUAUCUAAAAUUAUGCUUGGGCAUUUUGCACCUGUAUUUUCGGUGACAAAAAGUAUUUGGAAAGCUUUUUUAUUGUUUCUUGAAAGACAGUUAAGGUGAUGUAAAACAAUGGAACCAAGUUAAGUGAAAAUGAAGAAAUAAGGAAAACCAAAUUUCUUCUCUAACAAAAUGUGUAAAUACAGAGACUUCGCUGACUAAGUUUAAGUUGAAUCACUAAAAGGUUCUGACAACAAGCCACGGAUAAUAAACAGAAUGCGAAUAUAGCAUUAAUCAGAUCAUAGGGAUCGCUUGAACUUUUUCAAAAGAUAGGAACAUAUUAGGGUUGAGGUAUAUCAUACUAGUGCGAAAGUUUGAAAAACAAAGCUAAAAGACCUAGAUUGCGUCCACAACAUCAAUACAAGCAUACGCUUUCUUAACAAUCAUUUCAUGCGACAGGGAGCAUUCAUUGAGAUUUGAAGCACGCGGAAAGUUUUGAAAGCACGAAAAUAGUUUGGUGUAAUUCGGUGUAGUGUAGUGCGGCGUAGUUUGGUGUAGUGUGGUGUAGUUUGAUUAAGGGGUAUAGUUUGUUGAAGUAGGUGUAGUCUGCUGUAGUGUUGUGUAGUGUGGUAUAGUGUGGUGUAGUGUGGAGUUGUGUAGUUUGGUGAAGUAGAUUUAGUUCGGUGUAGUCUAAUGAAGUGUGUUGUAGUUAAGUAAAGUACGUGUAGUUUGGUGUAAUGUGUUGUACUGGUUUUGUUUAGUUUGGCGUAGUUUAGAGUUGUAUGGUGUAUUUUGGCGUAUGAAUAAAGGGAGUAAGUUUCAAAGAAACUGUGGUGCUGCGUCGGUGGGAGAGUGACGGAUGAUGCGAAGACUAUCCGAGUCUGUAGGUUUGUACUAAACACAAGUGCAUAAACCGUUGCACCUCUUUUCAUGAAAAAAGUUGACAAGGAUCUCACUUUCAGCGACCAAAACAUAGUCAAAAACACGAUUAACGAUCUUAUAGCUGAACAAGAAUUGCCGGCCAUUGCAGAAAGGCUCACCAUCACCACUCGUAGAACUUUGUGUAUUUACUUUUUACCUAAAAUCCAGAAACCUAACAACUCAGGUCGACCCAUCGUCUCUGCCUGUAGUUGUCCCACCGAACUUAUUUUCAGCUAAUAUGACAUAAUUAUGGCCCCUAUUGUCAAAUCUUUAACAUCAUACUUUAAAGAUAGCCGACGCGCCCUUUAAUUUUCUUGGCCAAGACAAACUUCUUUUCACAAUGGAUAUUACGUCUAUUCAUACAGUCAUUCUCAAUGGCCAAAGUCUCCUGGCCCUCAAACAUUUUUUUAAUCAACGUACUGUCAAGAACCUAUCUCUGAACCACUACUCUACUUUGCCGAACUCAAUUGCUUUUCAUUUAGUGGCAACUAUUACAAACAGACUAAGGGCUUAGCCAUGGGUACCAAAAUGGGUACCUAUCUUUUUGUAGGUUUUAGCAAUCACCAAUUUUGCAAUCAAUACAAGGGUCCCAAACCUAAUCUCUACGGUCGCUACAUUGACGACCAUGCACUAGUGUUUACUACAAACCUACAGGCUCAUAGUUCCUUGUUGUAUUCAUCUUCGCAUCCAAUAAAUGUCAAGAAUUCCAUUCCGUUUUAGCAGUUUCUCAGUCUUUUAUGUAGAGACGAAUCUGAUUUUUGCGACAAAUCAGAGGCAACGUGUCAGGUCUUCGGUAAACGUGGCUAUCCUGUUUCUUUCGUUUAAGCGGGCCAUCACCGCGCCCAACAAAUUGACCGACAGUCAGCACUACAAACGGCACAUUUUCUUAAAAACUGUACAUUACUUCAAAAUGAUUCAGAGACUGGCAAUAUCUCUUCCCGACCUUCACUAAUUUGAUUCAAACGCGACAAAAACAUAGGCAACUUUUUUUUUUUCAAAGGCUCUCGCGCACGAUAUAAAGCGUGUCCUUUCAAUCAUAACGUAGAGAAAAUGUCAAGACCCAGGAGAUCCAUUAAGAUUACUAAUCACUUCACGUGCACCUCCGCCAAUGUCAUCUAAAUCAUAACUUGCACUUAUUGCAAAAAGUUAUACAUUGGUGAAACAGGAUGACGAUUAAGUGACCAAUUCCGAGAACACCUUCUUGAGGUAGAAAGAAUUGACAAGGACAUAACUACACGCCGUAAGUUUGCAAAAUGGGAUUAUGUAGCUCGCUCACACAAUUGAGUUGCUGACGCUAAUUUACAAGCUUUGGUGUGAGAUUACACUAUGCAUUUGUUUUCUGUUUUUUUUUUUUGACACGUACUUUUAAGUGUGACAAACCUUUACUUGUUAUCCUUUCUUAGUAUAUACCACAUUGGUAAAUAGAGCUUUCCAUGCGUGCUGAUUGACUGGCUCGGAGAUGAUUGACUAGCAGCAUCAACCUUUCGAGAAACCGAAGAGAUCAAAUAGCGCCUCAAAAAUUUACUUUCCGACCAUUUUCUAUAUACUGACAGAGAUAGACUAAUUUUUUGGUUUCUCUUUGGUUUAUACUAAAACAAUUAUUAAAUGCUUUGUGGAUGAAAAUGAUGGAUAGAUACCUCCACUUUGGUCAAUGAUUAUUAAUUCUUUGCCCCUAAAACGCUUCUCACAAAAUGAUGUAUUUUACAUUAAUCUUUAUCUAAAUAGUUACUCUAUAAUUUUUUUGUGCCAUGUAUAGAUUCAUAUGACCAUCUUCGUGUGUUUAUGAAUCCUGAUUGGGCAUACACAAAGGUAAUGUUAGACUUAAAUUGUUAUCAUAUUAUGAUCCUUCUCAUUACUAUUUUGUAUUAUUUUAAUGAAGGGUAUGAUGGUUAACAAUGAUGGUUAAGUCUAUUAAUGUUCAAUUUUUUAUUUUAUUCAUUUUUUUCCCCUAGGAACAAACAAAAUUCACAGUUACUCUCCUUAAUCCGCUGUCAUGUGAUGUUGCAUCAGGUGUCGCUAAUUUUCAUGGUAAAAAAGCAGCUAUCCUUAAAGUAAUAAACCCUUUCACCUUGGUUGGUGUUAAUCCAAGUAAGUUUGUUAUGUGUAUUAUUUCUCUUAUUCGGUAUCUUGACUUCUGCAGUUAGGGUACAGUGUCAAUUUUUUCACGACAUUGUGUCAGCAAGGCAAAGAAACCUUUCAAGGAUGAAAGACGUUUUUAUUUAGGAAAAAUGUGAAAACGUGACGAACGAAACUGUGAAUGACAGAAAAAAUAAAACCCAAUUUUCCGUCGGUAGUUGUGAUUACGUAGGAGUUUUGGAUUUCUCAGUCAGCAUCCUACUGGUUAGUAUACUAGAGUUUUAUUUAAGCCAGUGCGCCAGAUACUAAGCGCGAGAAAUUUUAUAGCGAAUGUAAGCGAGCACAUUACAUUGAGGUAAAGCACAAGGCGGCAGUUCCCUCAUAGUCCUUUAGCGGAUCAGGACACGACGCUCAUGAUUUUGAGAUUUAGUGCAUAAUAACAAGAGUGAGGUCGUUGUAGGAAAAAGUUGUCACAGAAAGUUGUGCAAAGCGGGAUACAUCUUGUAAAUACAUUUUUCAAGUCCCUCUCCUCACUUGAGGUCAUGAUUGUUGAUGCUGUUAAUUUAAUUUUUGCAUCAGAUCUUUUGGAGUGAUAUGAACCAUAAGACACUUAAUAUAUGGUCCCGAGGGGAACAGUUCGUUUUGUUUUCCCGAGAGUCCUGAUGUUUCCCCGAGACGAAGUAGAGAGAAACGUCAGGACCCGAAGGCAACAACUGCACAAUUGUAUCUCAGUCGGGAUACAUUUGAAUUUGAUUAGGGGUACGUGACCAAGAAUCAACCAAUCACAGUGCUCGUUUUGUUGAGUGAAAGUGUAGGUAUAUUACAGUGAUAAUUAUCUGUUGUUUUCAUUAUCACAGUCAGUCAAACUGAAGAUGAAGUAAAAGUUUCAAUAUUUAAAGUCACCGAAAACGGAGGAUGUGUGAGUCUUGCAAAGGAUUUAAAGUUUACAUACAAAAACAAGCUGAACGAGCUAGUGAAAGAAAUUUUGGGAAGUGCAAAAAACAGAAAUGCCGCCGUGGAAGGUCUCUGCAGUGGGUUGCAAAGUGCAUCAACUGGAUCUGAUGACUUAAAUGCUUUCCGUCUACCAGAAGCUGCACCGGGACAUAUUUAAAAGCGAUGUCUAUGUAUUAUGAAUAGCAUUGACGUCAAGUUGUUUUUAAAUAGGGAUUUUAUCGCUUUGUGAUAGAGAUAACAUAUCUCAACAAUAUAGUUUUUACAUAUCUAGGCCACAAAUAUUGGACCUCAUCAGAAAGGAAAUAAUUAUUUUGAGAUUCAUAAAAAAUGACAAAAGGAUCACAAAUUGUAGAUUGUAGAACAUCAUCAGUUUGACUUUAUCAGAGACAGCAAACUUUCGUGAAAUUAGCUUGAUUUUUACAGUGUUUUUUUUACAAGUGUUGAAUCUUAAGUCUCAGUCUUAAGAUGUGGUUAAGAAUAUAUGAAAGUCAGAUACUUGAACUGCGGAUAAAGACGUGAAUGAAAGUGAAAUUCAGGCCUGUACGGGAUUUGAAUCCAUGACCUCUGCGAUACCGGUGCAGCGCUCUACCAACUGAGCUAACAAGCCAACUGGGAGCUGGUCAUGAAGUUGGUUCUAAAUAAACCCGUGAAGUGAUGAAUAAAUGGUUAAGAAUAUAUGAAAGUCAUAUACUUGAACUGCGGAUAAAGACGUGAAUGAAAGUGAACCUCGC